CAAAUUAUGGUCUGAGUCAGAUCUCAAGGUCACCAUGAAGAACUCAGUGAAAGGAGGAAUUAAGACCGCAGGAUGUGCGGUUGUUGGUGGGCUGGUUGGUGGACCUCCGGGGAUUGCUGUGGGUGCAGCCAUCGGAGGCAUCUACAGCUGGAAGACCAGUGACGAUUUCAAGCCUCUGCCUCAGAUCCUGCGGGAGAUGCCUCCUGCUCAAUUGGACGAGCUCCUUAAAUCAGUCAUGGUUAUUUUAGACCAUCUGAAAUGGAAAACUGUAGAGGGGCUCAUUGAUUAUGUGAUGAAAGACAUUCCUCUCAAGAAAGCAAUCAUUGAUGAGUUAAAGCGCAGGGUGAAAACUUUAACCUGAGAACAGGUGUGCCGUGAGUUCUGGCUGUCCGCAGACUUUUCAUGACGGUCAGGUCUCUUUGAAUAAAGAGGUUUCAUGUUGAA